UGCGACGCCACUGUCGAAGAGAGCUCAGUGAAUCCGCCCUACCGGGACCGUCCGCUCCGCUGCCCGGAGCCUCGCAGAAUGUAUUCCCCCGGAGUCGCUUCUCACUUCGCACCCGCGGGAGCCAGCGCGUCGCCACUCGUCCGGCUGGCGACAUAAACAAAACAAAACAAAAACAUUUCUUUUUUGCACUUUAAAACAAGUCAGCUGACGGCGGCUCGCUCCAAUACGAGAGAAAUCAGCGGCGUUCUUUUUUUUUAUUAUUAUCAUUAAUACCGAGAACCGCCUGAAUUCUCCGGUUUGCAAAAAAAACCCUCGCUACGGUGGACGAGUCUCAGCGUCCACCAGCUAAACGUGAGCUUCAAUUCGCUGCUUUUACGUCAUUUUUAUCCGUGUUGGUUUAUUUUUGUGUUUGUGUUAUUAGUGGUGCGCCGUGUCCCCCCCACCUCCUCCCCGCCCCCUUUAUAUCGUGACGUUUUACAGAUUCCUUGCGAGUGUCGUUUCCCUGCGUAUUUUUUAUUUUCCCUGCUCAGAGCACAUGCAUUGAGCACCACCGCUGUUUACCUCGGUCUCUGGUCACCAGGCGGCUUAUACCGGCAAAGUCCUGACUUAAAAAAAUACACGAAUCGCGACUGAAUCUCCGAUGCUCCAUCUUUUUUACGGGUAACUUCAGAGAAGACAUCGGAGGAUGCUUUCCUGCGUCUGUUUUUCUGCCAUGCACCGACUCCUCUCCGAAAGCUGCCAGAGCUGUGGUUAACGCGAGCUGAGAGAAGCUAGCGACAGAAGACAGAGAACCAUUUGAUGGAAGAAAAGAAAAAGAAAAGACAAGAAGAAAAGACCAAGAAAGACACCGCUCAGAAAAAGGCUGCUGAUCAGAAACCCAAAGUGCCAGAGCUUGCUCCCACUAAGCCCAGCCCCGGCCCACCCCACCACCUCCACCCUGCCAGCCUCGCGCUGCCCCUCUCCUCUUCCUCCUCUUCUUCUUCUGGCAAUGGCAAGCACACCUCCUCCAGUAGCCAGCUCCCGACUCAGACUCCCCCUCUGCAGCAGUGCCAGUUGUCCUCUGCCAGUGCUCGCUACCCGCCCAGAGAGGUGCCCCCGCGCUUCCGCCAGCAGGAGCACAAGCAGCUACUGAAGAGAGGCCAGCCACUGCCUGCAGGAGCCCUCAGCGCUCUGACCCUCUCCUCCUCUUCCACCUCCUCAUCUUACUUCUUUUCUACGAGUACAAGCAGCACUACCCCAAACUCUGCCACGUCCACUGCGGGCAAACGCCACCCAGACAUAUCCCUCCAGUGUGGCUCUGGUGCCAAGUAUGAGACCUCUCGUUGGGGAGCCUCUUUGCCAGUUGAAAGCCCCACCAGUGCCAACAGCUGGGACAAAGUGAUUAUUGACGAAAGUGACAAAGAAGCUUGGACCUACAUCAGCCACAAUAGUGACCCCAACCACUCUGCAGCACCAGAAUGCCUCUUAGGCUCAGCUAGCUCUAACCUAGACACCAGUGCUAUCAGUAUAUCAAUGAGUAUGGCCACAGGUGCCGCCGGCCAGCAGGCCCACUACACCUCUCUCAAAGCUAACAAUAAUAUGAUGACUGGACCUGGGUCCGCCAACACACUAGCUGGUAAUAGAGGCUGGGGCUCUGAUGUGAAACAAGAAAGUAUGAAUGGUGGUCGAGUAGGAGCACCCAAUAACUGGGGCUCUCCCAAUUUUAACUUGAAUCUUAAUCCCAAUGCCAACCCAUCAGCAUGGCCUGUGCUGGGCCAUGAAGGUGGUGACCCCAAUGGAGUCUCUAACUCUGCAUCUCUCCCACCAGGUAUUAAUGGCAAUGGAAACAUGGGAAAUGGGAGCCUAGGAGGUACUGAUAAUGGUGGGGGAGGUUGGGGUGGCAUGCUAAGUCCCAAUGAAAAUGAUCAGCGCCCUUCAUGCAACACAAGCUUGUCCUUCAAUAUGGACCUUAACACUGAUGGACCAAACCACACUAAGCAACAACAGCAAGUUCAAGAGCCUAUGAGCCCUAUCCACGGCUUAACUGGUUGGGGAGGCCAGUCACCCACCGAAUCAUCCCAGCUCAAUGGGGACACAACAAGCACCUCUUUAUGGGGUGGUGGAGAAACAAAGGCAGCUGACUCUCCAAAGGACUCAGGCUGGGACUCAAAUCCAUCAAGAGGUCAUUCUGCCUGGGGCCGCCAAGGCAGUGGUGGAGGGAGUAGUGGAAGUGGUGGCUGGGGUGACUGGGGGAAAUCUGCUGGGGGUGGAGAUGGAUCUAAAGGCUGGGACUCAGUAGAUGCUGGUAGUUCAGGUUCAGGCCAAGAGCAGCCACUUAGUGCAUGGGGCCAGCAGCCUGGAACAGCACCAGCAAGUGAUGGUAGUGGAGACAGCAGUGAAGGUAGAUCCCAGCAGAGAGACAGGUCCUCCAGCAUGGAGUUUACCCCUGGGCCACCCCGACAAGACCUGGACCCUAGGGUGCUGAGCAACACGGGUUGGGGACAGACCCCCAUUCGACAGCACACUGUAUGGGAGAUGGAGGAAGCCAGUUGUGAUGAUGGCAAGAGCAACAGCAGCUCUGUAGGAGGCUCCAGCUCUAAUGGUGGACCUUCAUCCACCAAUGGAGGUACCAUUAAUCCCAACAUUAAUCCCAACAUUGGCUCUAGUCAGCGGCCUGGGUCUGGAGGAAAAAGUGACAAAGGAGAAUCAUCAUCCUCUGGUUGGGGAGCCCCUCCACCUCAGCCAAUCCAGACUGGAUCAGGAUGGGGAGAACCUCCACAGUCACUUAGCAAAGCCCCAAAUGGCACUACAAAUAACUGGGGAGACCCUAUGCCCACCAAUGGUCAUAAAAGUGGGGGAACACCGUCCUGGGGUUCUGAGGACAAGUCACCAAAUUGGGAAGAUGGCCCUAAGAAAAGCCAGCCUACUAGCUGGGGUGAAGGCCCCAAAAAUAACCAUGGACGGGGAAGGAGUAAUGGUGGUUCCAAUGGCCCUAGCACAGACUGGGGAGAAAAAGAGGUAAAAAACAAUGGUUCUUCCAGCAGCAUGUGGGAAGGAGAAGGUGGUAAUGCCGGAAAUGGUGGAUGGAAGGAUAGUCCCAGAGGAGGAAAUAGAGAAGGAGGCUGGAGCAAGCCUGCUCCUGCUGUGAGUAAUAGCAGCUGGGGGGAGAACCCACGUUCUAAUGGCCCAGUAGAACGUUCUAAUGGCCCAGUGCAGGGAGGCUGGGGAUCAUCCAAGCCCCAGGAAAGCAGCAGCAGCAGCAGUACUGGAAGUGGAGGAGGAGGAGGCGGCAGCAUUGGUUCUUGGGGUGGUCCUGGUUCUGUGAAACAAAACACCUCUACCUGGAGCAAUGUCAGCAAACAGGACCAAGUCAAGGAAACCAGUGGCUGGUUGGAGCCCUCCCCUCCCUCCGUCCGUAGGAAUAUGGAGAUCGAUGAUGGAACAUCGACCUGGGGUGAAUCCACUACCUUCAACAAGUCUGCCAACAUGUGGGAUCGCAACAAUCCCAAUAAUGACCCAGGCAACAGUGGCUCAACUCCCAGUAAGAAUGGUGGAAUGAUUAUGCCCAACAAUAACAUCAACAAUCAUUCUGUCAGCCCUGGGAACAACAAUCACCAUCAUGCUCACCACGUGCACCACCAUCCCCAUCAUGGCCAACCCCCAACUCACCUGCAACACCAUGGAAACAACAAUGGGUCACCCAACAAUGCCGUCUCACAUCCAGGUCCUGGUCCCCAAGGCAGACCCCCGCUCGCCAACCCAGGCUGGGGAGAGCUUCCCAGUGUUCAGCCCAAGUCUGAGCCUGCUUGGGGAGAGCCAGCAGCUCCAACAUCAACCGUGGACAAUGGUACCGCUGCCUGGGGUAAGCCCCAGAGGGGAGUAGGAAUGUGGGGAGAUGGCAGUCAUGAGUCCUCUGGACCCUAUGGCAGGGCCAACGGGCCCCCAGGUUCUACGCCCUGCAAGCCAGGCCCUAAACCUAUGCAAGAGGGCUGGGGAAAUGGAGGAGAGGAGAUGGGCAUGUCUACCAGCCAAUGGGACACUGAGGAUGGGGAAAUGUGGAAUAGCCCCACCUCCCAGGAGAGCAGCUCCUCGUGCAACUCUUGGGGCAAUGGACCCAAGAAAUUCCCAAGCAAGGGGAAGAUGGGCAACAAGCCAGAUGAGGCUUGGAUCAUGAAUCGUCUCAUCAAGCAGCUCACUGACAUGGGCUUUCCGAGAGACCCUGCUGAGGAGGCUUUAAAGAGCAACAACAUGAACCUUGACCAGGCCAUGAGCGCCCUGUUGGAGAAGAAGACAGACCUUGACAAGAGAGGUAUGGGCAUGUCUGACUACAGCAACGGCAUGAACAAGCCCAUGGUCUGUCGGCCCUCAGCACUCUCCAAAGACCCCUCUGACCGCAACAGCUUUCUCGACAAGGAUGGAAUGCUGUCAGACGACGCCUCCCCAUCACCGUUUCUGCCUUCCCCAAGCCUGAAGCUCCCCCUGGCCAAUAGUAGCCUUCCUGGGCAGGGUCUGGGACAGGGCAACCCGGGGCUGGCCAUGCAAAACUUGAACAACAGACAACAGAUACCAAGUGGAAUGUUUGGCAGUAGUGGAGCAGCACAAACCCGGGCCAUGCAGCAGCAGCAGCAGCAGCAGCAGCAGCAGCAGCAGCAGCAGCAGCAGCAGCAGCAGCCUCCUCAGCCACCUGUGCCACCUCUCAGCUCCUCUCAGCCUAGUCUACGUGCUCAAGUGCCUCAGUUUCUCACCCCUCAGGUCCAAGCACAGCUCUUGCAGUUUGCAGCAAAAAACAUAGGUCUGAACCCUGCACUUUUAACCUCACCAAUAAACCCUCAACAAAUGACCCUGUUGUACCAACUUCAGCAACUGCAAAUGGCGUACCAGCGUUUACAAAUCCAGCAGCAGAUGAUGCAGGCGCAGCGCAAUGUUUCCGGGCCCAUUAGACAACAAGAGCAGCAAGUUGCACGUACAAUCACCAACAUGCAGCAGCAGAUCCAGCAGCACCAGCGUCAGCUGUACCAGGCGCUGCUGAUGAAGCAGCAGCAACUUCCCUCUCAUUCCUCCUCCUCUUCCUCCUCCUCUGGUCUGCAUCACCCUGGUGGCCCCACUGGAGGCCAUGGCUCCGGCAAAUCAAGCCUUGACCCCUUCACAGGCUCACACCAGGCUCCAGGCCUCGUUGACACAAUGCACACCAAAGAGCCGCCGUCUUCGCCCAACGCCUACAGCUCCUACUCCCUUUCUGGACUGAAUCCAAACAUGAAUGUAAACUGCAUGGAGGUCGGGGGUCUGUCCCUGAAGGAGCCCCCUCAGCCCCAAUCCCGCCUGUCCCAGUGGACACACUCCAACUCCAUGGACUCUGGCAACUCCUCAAACAUGGAGCACAACCUCAAUAAGCAUGGUGCCAUAUCUGCUGCCUCCAAUCUGGGCCCCCCAGGGAAGCCCCCCCAUCUAGACGACUCCUACAGCCCUUACAAUCUUAUGUCCAGCUCUGACUCCCCCACCAGCCCCCUGGUACCCCCUGACAGUUGGGGCCAGGGCAAGAGCCCCAAUGAAAAGAUCACCAACGGAACCAACAUUAACUGGCCCCCAGAGUUCUGCCCAGGUGUCCCAUGGAAGGGCCUUCAGAACAUCGACCCUGAAAAUGACCCCAACAUGACUCCCGGCAGCGUCCACAGCGGUCCCACCAUCAACACCAACAUCCAUGAUGUCAACCGAUACCUGCUGCGGGACCGGAAUGGAGGUAAACUCUCUGACAUGAAGUCCACCUGGUCCCAAGGGCCCAUCUCACAGAGCCAAGGCUCACUGUCCCAUGAGCUGUGGAAAGUCCCCCAGGGGCCACGCAGCUCUGUAGCUCCUUCCAGACCCCCACCAGGCCUCACUAACAGCAAGUCCUCCUCUACCUGGGGCGGCAACUCGCUGGGCCUGGCCCAAGGCUGGAGCAGCUCUUACACCUCCGAGGGAACCACCUGGAGUACUGACAGCCCCAACAGGACAAGCAGCUGGCUGGUGCUGAGGAAUCUCACUCCACAAAUUGAUGGUUCAACUCUGCGGACCCUGUGCAUGCAGCACGGCCCCCUGAUCACAUUCCACCUCAACCUGACCCAGGGAAACGCUGUGGUACGCUACAGCUCCAAGGAUGAGGCCGCCAAGGCCCAGAAGUCUCUGCACAUGUGCGUGCUUGGAAACACCACUAUCCUUGCGGAGUUUGCCGGCGAGGAGGAGGUGAACCGCUUCUUUGCACAAGGUCAGUCACUAGCGGCAAACACCUCUAGCUGGCAGGCCAACCCGGGAACCAAUCAAAACCGAAUGGGCGGAGCGCCGCAGUCCCACUCCAUUGGCCAGUGGAGCAGCGGUGGCAGCAAGAACAGCGGCAACGAUCUGCUGUGGGGCGGAGUGCCUCACUACUCCAGCCUUUGGGGACCGCCGGGCGGAGAGGACACCCGCGUGAUCGGGAGCCCUACCUCCAUCAACACCCUGCUGCCUGGAGAUCUACUGAGUGGGGAGUCCAUGUAGGAUGAUGCCACGAUACACUAACCGAUCGACCACCGGCUCAUGUAAGCCAAUCGGUGGUUGGUGAGGUGGCAAAAAAUACAAAACAAACAAAAAGAUUUAAGUGAACAGGAGCAAAACCCAAGCAAAUCAUGUGGCGAUAAUCAGUAUCAAUUUGAACUGUUUUGAACUGUGAAUUGUGAUUCAGAAGGAAGGGGGGUCCCUACCACAGACUGCAGACUCCACUCCUUCUGUUUUACUUUUAUCCUUCUUUUUUUAUUUCUUUCAUUUUUUUAUGGAAAAGCGGCAAGUUGUUUUCCUUUUAGUAUUUUUGAAAUGCGUCAUAUAAAAAACAAACUGAAACGAGACACAACACAAAGAAACCUUUUAAGUAUUUUUAGUUUUUCCAUAAGUGUACAUGACAUUCUGUGCGAAGUGUUUUUAGGAGAAGCAAUCAAAGCUGCCAUCUGAGACUUUCCUUUUCCCUCCAAAAAAAAGAAAACGAAUCAUCCCAAAAUAAGACUUAAAACGACCAUUCCCAGCAUGUCCAUGGCCAAUGAUGCGGUUCGAAGACCUUUACUAGUUAUGUUAACGUUGUUUUCUCAGCACUAAUAUUAGCCUUAAGUGCUCUCUGGCCCAGGUCCCAUGUUUGUUUUGUAGCUGAAGAAAUAGCUGAAAUCUUGCACAGUUUCACCUCUGAGCCAGCAAGUGGUACAGGACACAAUUGGUGACCAACUCUGUCACUGGGCAGUUAGAAGGCCUGGCCAUGUGACUGGCCCUACCAAUCAUCAGCUUAAUGUUUUAAUUUGUCUUCUCAAAGGAAUUGCUCAGCUAUUAAAUGUUCUUUUUUUUAUUAGGUUAAGACCCGAGCGCAUUUUUGAUAUCUGUCCCAACAUAUAAGCUGAGAGAAGAUUAUUCGUCAACCUUGUCUCUGUUUUCAUACAUGACCUGUGUAUGUCCGGUGGUGCCCAAUCACUGAUUGCGUCUGCGAGUCCAGAUCCUUCUGGUCACCUUCAACUGGGAACUCACUGGUUCUUUGUUGAAUUUUCAAUUAUCCAGUUUGUUAUGAAGCCCAGUGGUCUGAAUGAUCAGCAAGUUUUUUGGGGGGAAAAAUAUACAAUUUCACCUUCAUGACAGUUCAUUGUGCAAUAUACAUGAUAGACUUUUCUUCCGUCCAUACUCGAUGUCCACCAGAGCUGGUUUCUCUUAUAUUUUUAUUUUCUUUUUUUGAUUGUUGCUGAUUGCAGCAAAAGACUUUGGAACUCAAAAAGAAAUUAACACCUUACCCCCUUUUCACAACUUGGAUUCCCUCCAGGCCGCUAAUCCCCCUGAUACUGUUGGGUACACUCUGCAAAGAGGAAGAAGCAACUUUUGAACUGUGCAUACAGCCAACUGUACUGAAGAGUGAAACUGGGUACACACAUGCAUUCUUCCUCUCUGCAUGCCACAGCCACACCCAACAGAGACUGAAUCUACAGUGGGAUUGGAUAGUUCUGGGUAUCUGGCACAAUACCAAAUAAGAGGGGUUUCUCCUAAUGCAGUAAACCUACGAGUGUUCCUUGCGUUUGGUACUGUAUAAACAGAAGAGGCUAAGACUUUUAUAAAUUCAAAGGGUUUUAUCAUAGCACUUAUGAAGAGCAAAUCGCUUCAACUGCAAUCCAAUAAAUCAAAAAAAGGAGCAGCAAAAACAUAGAAAACAACAAAAAAAAACUCUGCUCUUUUAUGUACUGUAUCAACUUCUUGGAAAUGUGUCUGGCUUUGAUCUUCUGGUAGCAGGAUGAAGGGAAACAGAACUGAAAUGUACCAUUGGACUUUCGGUGGGGGGGGGAACUGCAGUCUACGAUUUUUUCCCCCCUCCCCUCUUUGAACUUUAUCAAAGUGAAUAUCACUGUCACUCCAAAUGUUUUCGCCUUGUUCUGUUUGGAGGCACAAGACAUGCAACGUCAGCUGUCUCUCGACGCCUGCUGGCCCGUCAAGCCAGCCGGUCGGUGGAUGAGUCCGAGUGGGGUGGGGAGGUGGAGGGUCCACUGAGUGCCUCUAUGUUGUGGUCCUCUGGGUGUCAAGCGGCAGCCCCACUUCCUCCCGGGCUCCACUUGACCAUCCCUCAGUCCGGCAAGAAAGCGGCUCCUCCAAGACUCGGCCAAUCACGGCUCUCUGCCACACACGUGCAGCAUCUCCAAUGGGGGGGCCCGCCACCACUCAACCCUGCUGUCAUCCUGCCCUCCCCCCUCAUCUCUCAGUUCUUUGACACAAAGAUCACUUUAGCUGGAAGAUGUAAUAGUCAUAUUUCUGGAGUUUUUGCCAGUGUACUCUUCUUCUUUUUUUUUGUUUGAAAAAAAAGGAUGAUUUGACAUGA